AUGGACCCCGCCCCGCCCCCCCCCCCCGGGGGCUCAAACGACGUCGCCGCCGCAGAGCCCGUCCUCGCUCCCCGAGCGCCUCGGGAAGGGCGGGCGCGGGGCCACCCCGGGGCACCUGCACAGGCCACGGAAGCCCCAAGCAGCGAGCACGAAGCGGCGGGGCAGGACCCCACCCCCCGGGGGGUCACCGCCGUCGGCCAGGGCCCGGGGCACAGCCAGAAGCAGCGGCCGCGGUGGAAGCGACGAGGAACGGGUGGAUGGAAGGAUCCGCAAAUUAGCGGGAGGCCCCGGAGGCCGUGCUGCAGAGUAACCGGUCUGGGCGGCAGCUCCUCUAGCCUCCCCGCAACCCUGGCCGCCAAGGAGCGGAGCCCCCGGACCCCACCCGGCACCCCCGGACCCUGCACCGCGUACUCUGCACCCCCGGACCUCGGACCGCGCACCCUGCACCCUGCACCCCGCACCGUGCACUUGCACCCCCGGACCCUGCACCGCGCACUCUGCACCCCGCACUCGUACCCCCGGACCCUGCACCGCGCACUCGCACCCCCAGACCUCGGACCGCACAUCCCCGAACCUCGCACCCCGCACCCUGCAUUUGCACCCCCGGACUCCGCACCCCGCACCGUGCACUUGCACCCCCGGACCCCGCACCCUGCACCCCGCACUCGCAUCCCCGGACCCCGCACCCGCCCCCCGCCCCCCGCAGCGGCCCCGCGGGCGGACCGGCAGUGGGCGCAGAGACCCGGGCGCUGGGGGCCGCCCGCGACCUCCGGGACCGCAACAGGGCGCGCGGGGGGCGGGGAGGGACGGGGCGGGACGCGGCGCGCGUGGGGCGGCGGGACGGCGCGCGUGGGGCCCCUCGCCCAGCCCCGGCACCGCCCACGCGCGCGGCGGGCCCCAGCCGCACCCCCCCCGCCGCCCCUCACCCCCGCGCCGAGCUCCGCGCCGAGCUCCGCUCCGGGAUCCGCUCGGGCCCGCGGCCGGCGCCCGGGAUGCAGCGGGAUUCCUCCGCCGGCCUCCCCGCGGGCCCGGGACGCGCCGCCCCGAACCCCAGCACCUCGGGGCCCGCGCGGCUCACCGGCGCCCCCGCCCCUCCCGGCGCCGCCCCGACGUGGCCCCGACCCCGGGGAGGGAGAGGCGGGCGGGGGACCCGGGACCCGGGCCUCGGGGCGGGAGGCAGCAGUCCCGGGGCCGCCGCCCUCCCCCGGGGACGCCGUCCCGCCGCCGCUUCCUGCCCGGCUCAGCGCCCCGGCCGCGGCCUCGGGGACACUCCGGGCGGCCCGCGCUCCGCGGGGACCAGCCGCUCCGCCCGGACCCCCGGACCCCGGGACCCCCGACCCCCCCAGCCCCCCCAGCCCCGCGGCGCCCCCAGGACUCCGACCCCCGGCCCCCGCCCGCAGCCCCGCAGCCCCGCAGCCCCGCGAGCCGCCUCACCGCGCUCCGCGCCGCCGGGGCUCGCUCCCGCGGGGCCGCUCCCGCUCCAGCCGCAGCCUCGGGGCCGCCGCGCCGCCUCCUCCGCCGCCGCGUUUCAAAUUGAAAUUCCCUGGCUCCGGCCGUCAGAGCCCCGGCGCCCGCCCCGCCCCUCGCGGCGGAAGCCCCGCCUGCGCCCCCGGACGCGCCCCCAGCGCGGAAACCCCCGCGGCCGCGCCACGCCCCGGCCACGCCCCGGCCACCCCCCUCCGGCCGCGCCGUGCCCCCUGUGGCCACGCCCCUCCGGCCGCGCCACGCCCCGGCCACGCCCCUCGGGUCGAGCCACGGCCCUCUGGCCACGCCCCCUCGACAGCGCCACGCCCCUAUGGUCACGCCCCCUCCGGCCGCGCACGGCCCUCUGGCCACGCCCCCCUCGACAGCGCCACGGCCCUAUGGUCCCGCCCCUUAGGCCACGCCCCCAGGGGCGGGACUUGCCGCGGGAUUCGCCGCCCCGGCCGCCGGGCACCCGCGGCUGCAAGGAUGCGCUCCCCGACCGCGAACCCCGCCCGUAAAUCCCGUUUCACCAACUUUGCAAACUGCUUUCCUCGGACUGCGAGAGGCCUAAGCCGUCACUGA